CAUCCGGGGCGCGGAGCGCGGGCGCGGCGCGGGGCACGCCGGGGAAUGCAGUCCCGGGAAUGCGGUGCCCCGAGAGGAGGCCAUGAGCGCUGCCGCCGCCAAGCCGAUACUUUACAGCUAUUUCCGAAGUUCCUGUUCUUGGAGAGUGCGAAUCGCACUGGCUCUGAAAGGAAUUUCCUAUGACCUGGUCCCAGUGAACCUCAUUAAGGAUGGAGGACAGCAGUUUUCUGCUGAAUUCAAGGCAUUAAAUCCAAUGCAGCAAGUCCCAGCCUUGAAAAUUCAUGGCAUCACCCUUUCUCAGUCGCUAGCGAUAAUUAAUUACCUAGAAGAGACAUAUCCUAACCCCAGGCUUCUGCCCCAAGAUCCAAAGAAGAGAGCCCAAGUCAGAAUGAUUGCUGAUCACAUUGCCUCUGGCAUUCAACCACUCCAGAACCUGAGUGUCCUGAAACAAAUGGGAGAGAAAAAAAUGGAAUGGGCUCAGAACUGUAUCACAUCUGGCUUUCAAGCAGUGGAGCAGAUUCUGCAGCACACCGCUGGACGCUACUGUGUGGGGGAUGAAGUUUCCAUGGCUGAUCUGUGUUUAGUGCCUCAAGUUGCCAAUGCUGAAAGAUUCAAAGUGGACAUGAGUCCAUAUCCCACAAUAACCAGAAUAAAUAAAGCUCUCUUGGAGUUAGAGGCCUUCAAAGUGAGCCACCCUUCCCGGCAGCCAGAUACUCCUGCAGAGCUGCGAGCUUGAAUCCUUUCUACUCGUUAAAUCUAGAAAGCUGAUGUGAUAAAGAAGACAACACCUACAGUGUGAGCAGGACUUCAGUGCCAGUAGGAAUCCUUAGUACUAUUGUUUCCCUUUCAUCUGGGUGGACAGGGCAGAGGACGUGGAAAUAGCGUGGAUAACUUACAGGAACUAUGCGUGUGCUGGAACACCUGGAGCUACUACUUUCUAUGCAGUCUAUCCCCAUGAAGCAGAUUAAAGCAGAAGUAUCCAUAAUGAUCAGAAGUACCCUCUGUAUGGCUCUGGGUUGGGGAAUGUGGCCACAAACCAGUGUGAGGCAUUGAGCCAAUUCUGUAUUGCCCACGGGGGCUACUUCUUUCUACCAUCUACAGAAACAGCAUCAGGGAAUCAGCAUACACAGUGUCCUUAUCCUUGGAGCUGCCUCAGAGCCACAGCAUGGUCAUCAGUUCUGUGGAUAUAAACAAUAAGAUCUAGUCUCUGCUGGAAGAUAGUUUAACCCUUGUUGGGAUCUUCAAAGAGCCAAGUCAGCAACUCUGCCACCUCUUGCAAUAACAAGAGCAGUCGUACAGAAUUUAUAAAAGGUCUGCCUAGAACAAAGCUAAGUGAUUGUGCCAUAGACAGCAAGGCACAAUCAGCUCUCUCCCCUGCACUGAAAAUUAUGUUCUCUUCCUUUUCCCAUCCUCAGAUGCUGCUCUCAGAUGUUUUCCUAGCCUUCAGCUGCAGACUGUUGCCCAAGGGAAUCCCACCCCAGAUUCCCUCCAAACCAGAAUCAUGCCUGUGCUUUUACUGUGAGGACUUUCCAAAUAGUCACCUUCAAAACUGAAAGCACUCUGGAAAUUCCAGCUAAAAACCUGUAGGGCAAGAAGGGAACCCAUAACCUUGUGUCUGUUCUUGUGCAGACUCAGCUCAGAUCCCACUGAAUGUUUUGGCACCUGAGCCCAGGUACUGUAUAUCGGGUACCCUAAGAGAAGGAUACCCAUGGCCUUCAGACUACAAACCCACAGUAAUCUCUUGUACCACGGUGGCACUCACCUCCAUACAGACACCUGGACUGCCACGUUGCUUG